CUUUUGGGAACACACUAUGUUCUCAUCAUUGUCAAACUUCAAAGUGUCAUCCUCUCAUCAACCUCCAUUUUUUACUAAUCCUUCUAUUGAGCUAUUUCCUAGUGAUUCUAAUGCAGGUACAUCUGAUGAGCUCUACAAUGCCUCACCACAUGUUCCAACCAGUUCUGUAGAAGAUAAUCUGCCUGCUGGUAAUGCAUUAGAUAAUUUUGAGCCUUCUUCUACUUUCUCGUCUACAAAUGAGCUUGUUGUCCCAUCCUCGAGUCAUCCUACUCGGGUAAGAAAGCCUCCAAACUACCUUCGUGAUUAUCAUUGUUUUCCUGCUAUUACUUCGUUACAUGAGCCUCAAUCCUAUCAAGAGGGCUCUUUUAACCCUCUUUGGCAACAAGCUAUGCAAGAUGAAUUACAAACUCUUGAAAACACUCGUACAUGGCAUUUAGUUGAUCUCUCUACUGCAAAAUCUCUAAUAGGCUGUAAAUGGGUGUACAAGAUCAAAACGCGAUCUAAUGGUUCUGUGGAGCGUUAUAAGGCACGCUUGGUUGCCAAGGGUUUUACACAGGAGUAUGGAAUCGACUAUGAAGAGACAUUUGCUCUAGUUGCUCGUCUUACAUCUGUGCGCAGUUUGCUUGCUAUGGUUGCUAUACGGAGAUGGAAAUUGUUUCAGAUGGAUGUGAAAAAUGCUUUUCUUAAUGGUGACUUAGAAGAAGAAGUUUAUAUGAAACCACCUCCUGGGCUCCACCAUCCUCCAAACAAGGUGUUGAGGAGUUAAAACAAUCUCUCAGUCAGAAAUUUGAGAUGAAAGAUCUUGGUGUUCUGAGCUAUUUUUUGGGGCUUGAAAUAUCUUCUCUUUAUAAUUUGCAAUCCCAUAUACCAAAAGAGCCAUGGUUGCUUCAAUGGAGGCUGCUCGAAAUGCAAUUGGCGUUGUUGGAAACAUCAUUGCACUCUUCCUCUUCCUGUCCCCGGUGCCAACUUUUAUCCAAAUUUGCAAGAAAGGUGCGGUGGAGCA